CUGGAGGAUGCCCUGGCUCAGGCGGGCGGACGCCUCGCAGCUCGCAAACCAGGCGGCAGUGUGCCGGCCGCGGGAAAUGGGUCCUAUGGGGCUCGUGUGACCAGUGAGCGCAGCCUGCUAGCCUGACGCCCAGCAGGGAGGGAGUCUACCAUGGAUGGCAUCGUUGAGCAGAAGAGUGUUCUGGUACACAGUAAGAUCGGUGAUGCUGGCAAAAGGAAUGGCUUAAUUAACACCAGAAACUUCAUGGCUGAGAGCAGGGAUGGCCUGGUGUCUGUUUACCCAGCACCUCAGUACCAGAGCCACAGGCUGGUGGCCAGCGCAGCACCAGGCAGCCUGGAAGGAGGCAGAAGUGAGCCAGUGCAGCAGCUGCUGGACCCAAACACACUGCAGCAAUCCGUGGAGUCCCACUAUCGUCCCAACAUCAUCCUCUACUCAGAUGGUGUACUCCGCUCCUGGGGGGAUGGCGUGGCCACUGACUGCUGUGAGACCACCUUCAUUGAGGACCGGUCACCCACCAAAGACAGCCUGGAGUACCCCGAUGGGAAAUUCAUUGACCUCUCAGCUGAUGACAUCAAAAUCCACACCCUGUCCUAUGAUGUGGAGGAGGAAGAGGAGUUACAGGAGCUGGAGAGCGACUACUCCAGCGACACAGAGAGUGAGGACAACUUCCUCAUGAUGCCCCCUCGGGACCACCUGGGGCUCAGCGUCUUCUCCAUGCUCUGCUGCUUCUGGCCUUUGGGCAUUGCGGCCUUCUACUUGUCCCAUGAGACGAACAAAGCUGUGGCCAAAGGAGACUUCCAUCAGGCCAGCACCAGCUCCCGGAGGGCCCUGUUCCUGGCUGUGCUGUCCAUCACAAUCGGAACCGGCAUCUACGUGGGUGUGGCCGUCGCCCUCAUCGCCUACCUCUCCAAGAACAACCACCUGUAAGCUUCCCAAAGGCUGGCGGAAGGAGGGGGAGCCGGGCCACCCGUGUGAGGGCAGAGAAGAGACACCUGCGUGAUGCUGUAUAGUACAAUGAUUGUCAACUGACUCCAUGAUGCCCUGCAAUCUUCUACUCCCAGACUUCUUCCUCUUUUUGUUUCGUAUCCUUCCACUUCACCUUCAGCACUGUGCAGAGCAUCAGGCGGCGAGCAAUGCUGACGCUUCCACAUGGAAGCUCUAAAGAUUCCAGCCCAGCGGCAGCCCCUGGGUGGAUUCUACGGGAUCAAUGACAACCCAGCUCUGCAGCCUGCCAGUGCCUGGACCGCCACCCCAUUAGCAAUAUACAAACAGUUAAAAAAAAUACGUUUAUUUUUUAUGGAAUAUGGUGCAAUAGGCAGAAUGCAGGAGACAUGUCACCACAGCUGUGGCCCGCUUAACUCCUCUGUGUCCCCCAUCUUUGUGGCUUUCUUGUCAGAAACAAGUGGGGCUCAGGAGGAGCCGAAAGCACAUGAUGGGAGAUUGGCUAUCUCUGUCCACAGAUGGGUCCUGCCUGAGAAUGCGAACCUAGAGGAGCAUAGCGCCUACCCUGGCCCUGCUCCAUCCCAGCACGCUGUCCCAGCUUGGAGCAUCAGGCUUCCUGCAGGCUUCCUGCAGAUACCCAGCAAUACACAGUUCUGGGGCCUCAUCAGUCUUAAAGCGGAGGCAGCCAUAACCCCACCUCUCUCAAGAACAAGCUCAGCCUGAGGGAAAGGAACUGUGAAGACACACAGGAUGUUUAACUCUUGGACGUUCAUCCUGGCCGUGAGCAGCAAUACUGGGAUCCCGGAAAUGAAAUGGGCCUUACUCUGUCGACUAAAUGAAUGGCUAUUUUCUUGUCAUUUUUUAAGUGCAACUCUUGCUUCAUGCUGCUUCAGUUGCCAGAUGAAUGCUGAGAAAUAAGUAAUCACAGAUGUUUUAAUACCAUGUCAUUGCUGUUUUACGAGUGUUCAUUAUUUAACAAAAAUUAUCUUUUAGCUUGUUUGCCUAUGAGUUUUUCCUUUCUGAUGAAUGGUGAUGGCUGGGCUCUG